AUGAGCAGUGCGGGCUUCCAGUGCGCACCUUCGGGGACGCAGCAGUGGCACAGGCAGCGAAUUCUCUCCUCUAAAUCUCCUGUUUCUCCCUUAAUUUCUGCAUCCCGAUUGCACUUUGUGGCUGCGCAUCGUGAAGAAAACUCCUGGUCUGUGUUGCGAUAUUUGAGUGAACUUUUUGGAAGCAGAAAACACGGCUUAGGUGUUCUGGGCUGCUGUUGUCCUUGAGCGCCGGUUGUUGCGCUUUGUUUUAAUUCACUGGAGCACAAAUCUAUGCUGAAGGAGAACUUUGCUGUUUUAUUCUCGCAGCAAUCAUUUGAUUUCAGCAGUCUCAAUCGGUGUUAGUUGAGUUGAUCAGUCGUCGUCCAGCCACAGCAGAAGCAGAUCGGCCGGUGCCGCCAGCAGCGGUUCGGCACCAUGGACAGCUCCGUGGUGCACAUCUACAAAGAGGACAGGUGUCCAUCAGGGCAGCCUGAGGAGUGCAUACCUAACUUCACUUGGCAACCCGGCGCAUCGGACGUCUUCAACUACACACCCAACGGCACCUGGGACUCUGAGCCCGAGCCCAUGUCUCCCCUCAUUCCCAUUAUUGUGGCAGUUUACUCCGUGGUGUUUGUGGUGGGCUUGGCGGGCAACUGUUUGGUGAUGUAUGUCAUCAUUAGAUACACUAAAAUGAAAACAGCCACCAACAUCUACAUCUUCAACCUGGCUGUGGCUGACGCUCUGGUCACCACCACCAUGCCCUUCCAGAGCACCGACUACCUGCUCAGCUCAUGGCCAUUUGGCGAGGUGGCAUGCAAGGUCUUCAUCUCCAUCGAUUACUACAACAUGUUCACCAGCAUCUUCACGCUGACCAUGAUGAGCGUGGACCGCUACGUGGCCGUGUGUCACCCCAUAAAGGCCCUGGAUUUCCGCACCCCAGUGAAGGCCAAGAUCAUCAAUGUGAUCAUCUGGGUGCUGUCGUCUGCUGCCGGGGUUCCUGCGAUGAUACUGGGAGGCACCAAUACAAAUAAUGGGACUACAGAGUGUGCACUUCAGUUCCCCGAACCCUACAUCUACUGGGACACCCUGAUGAAGAUCUGCGUCUUCAUCUUUGGCUUCGUAGCACCCGUCAUAAUCAUCACCGUCUGCUACACGUUGAUGGUCCUGCGGCUGAAGAGCGUCCGCCUGCUGUCCGGCUCUCGAGAAAAGGACCGCAACCUGCGUCGGAUCACGCGCCUGGUCCUGGUGGUGGUCGCUGUCUUCGUGGUGUGUUGGACACCCAUUCACAUCUUUAUCUUAGUCAAGGCCCUGUCAGGCAACGUCCCUGAGACCACCCCUGUCAUGGCCGCCUACUUCUUCUGUGUGGCGCUGGGCUACACUAACAGCAGCCUGAACCCCAUACUCUACGCCUUCCUGGAUGAGAACUUCAAGAGGUGCUUCCGGGACUUCUGCUGCCCCGGCGCCCAGGGACACGGGGACUGUCAGGGUGUGAGCCGGGUGAGAAGCACUCUGAGGGAUCACUCAUGUCCCACAGAAGGCCGAGGAGGUACUAUGAGGCAGGCCAGGCCUGUAUGACUAGCCAUGGAAGUGUCCUCCAUGCCUUAUCAGGGCUCAGAGGACUCCAACGAUCUGGGAUUGACUCAAAUCACCACCGCAAUCUGAGGGAGGGGCUUCAGAGAGUACUAGAUUUUUAAAAAUGUAAUGUAUUCAGAAUAUUUGUUUAGGACUGGAAAAAACUGGUCAUUGAAUAAUAAUACAGUUCGAUUAAACCCCAUUUUGUAUUGAGAACAAAUCCUGUAAAAUCCAAAACCAUCAAAGAAUUGAUCCUACACGCCACAUGCUGUCUGUAUAGCCAAAACAUUUUAUUCAGUCACUGAUGUCUGAAAAACAAGUUAAAUCUCUAAAGACCUGUACAGAAGCUUUGGAUGAAACCCCGAACUUAUAAGAAAACCAGAGGUUGUAUCCGAACAGCUAUUCCCUAGAGUCCUACAACUCCUACACAGAAUCUGAGACAUACACAACCCUGUGUGUGUAACUGCACCACACCACUAACAAACCAAUCCCAUACAAAUACUACAUGUAUUCAUUCUUGUUUGAUAUAUAUAUACAAGACUCUUCCUCUUUGAAACCACUCAAUUUUGGUGAUACACACGACAGACGAACAACCGCUGCCUCUGUACUGAAGGGCAGGGUGACAGGGACAGCUGAGCAGUUGUUACCUGGCUGUAAUCUACAACACGGCCAUUAGAUAGCACUAAAUCCUGCACACUGAACCUUAACAAUGACGAGAACAGCGCAGAUUUGUGAGACAGGGAUUGUCAAAGGACACGAAGGCCUCUUUAAGAGAAUUUCAAAAUGUAUAAAUAUGUAUAAAUCUUGUAUAAAGAGUGAUGUAAAUAAAGCUAAAAUAUGUUUCAUUUUUUAUGAUGUCAUUGUCUAUGGGAUUAUUGUCAAGAUGAUGAAAAGUUUCACAAAACAAACCAAAACUAUUCUGCUAUGUAGCGCCAUCACAACCUGUUCCUCUGACCUGUAAAUUGUCUCUGAUAUGAUUCACAUGAUAAAGAUCAACUUGUACUUUGUAAAUAGAAUGUACAGUCAUCAUUAUGAGCCUUGUUUUAAAUGGACUGUGAUUCUAGUUUGGUGCUUUGUUGUACUGUAAAACUUUGUGAAUGGUCUUAAUCUUAAUGAGGAUUCUCUUUUAGGUAGCAAACACAUGUAACUCAUAUUUCAUAAUCUCUCAGGGAUCAUCCUCUGUAAUUCAACAAAAGAAUCAAAGUGUUUUCUCCUUGACGAGCUGGCUGGUUCUAAUGAGGCCUCAGAGUACAAACAUCAAAGGCCUCAGUACUCAAAAGCUGGAGCUUUGAGAAACUAUUAUUACAUCUGACACUGCUCAACUUUGAACACAUUCAUAACUGUGAUCUUUUUUGAGCAGAUGUUGAUGUAGAAAUGUACAUAGAGCUGCCAUCCUGGCGCCUUGUCAGAAACACUGGUGUGUGUGAAAAAAGGUCAGAGGGCUUGGAGGCAACAUUUGACAAGACAAUGACACACUUUACCUACACACAUGGCUUUUGGUGUUAGUUUUUACAGCACAUCACUGCUUAACAUGUCAUAUUUGAUGUUGAAUAUCUAUGCAUUUUUGAGUUUUGGUCACAUGAAAGUUUCCCUCAGAAAAAAGUAAUAUGAUUUAGUACUGUCUCUGUUUCCUGAAUUACUACUGUAGCUGUCAGAGGAGUCAACAAAUCAACCUGGAUUCAUACAAUCACAGGCUUUCGAACAUUUUUCUGGACUAAGAGCAAACUAUCAACAUUUUCUUACAUAAAUCUGAUAAUUAUACAAUAGUUAAAGCAUAGAGUGUAUUUUUGUGCCUUGUUUUGCGUGCCUUACCCCAGCUCCUUAAAGCUCCUGUACCUCUUUUUCUUCAGCUGGUUUUGUCCUGUACAUGCUUAAGUCAGGUCUCAUUCCUCUUUCUCUUAACAGACCAAUAUAUAACCGUGAAAAAUACAUUUUCUAAAAAGGCUCUUCAAUGUGUUGUUUGACACCUACCCCCUUGCAGUGUUUUGAGGCACAAAAGUAACAGCACAGAAAAAGACAGUCUCUUUGCUGAUGGUCUUGUUUGCUUUUGUAGCUCAAAAUGAGGCAUCUAUAUUACUUUGAACUUAUUUCACAACCAGUUGCAAUCUCUUCACUGGAGCUUUAACUUUCGUUUUCUCUGAAGGAUGACUGCUGAUGAAAUGUGAUGACUUGUAUUCCCUUAAAGAGUGUAACAGUAUAUCUGGUUAUUGCUAACUGCUUCAUUUGUAGCAUAAUAUUGAAGAAAAUGAAUGUCUUACUGAAGAGAUCCUGUUUUUGACUUGGUUACACUGUGUGUGUCUUUUCCUCCAACACUGUUAUUCAAGUGACUAACAUGGAUGUAAUUAUUAUUAAAUAAUUAGACUAGUAAUUUCAGUCCAAGUCAGACCGCCAUAAAUAAGUAAUGCCGUGUUUCAUCUGUUUUGUACUUUGCUGUAUCUCUGAGCUUUGAAUGUAAAAACAUGCUUCACACAUGCGCAACUAUUCAGAAUAAAGCUGUCAAAUGUG